GCGUUGCGCGUUCCUCAUUUCUUCGAAAAGUCACGUUUUUUUUGCCGGUGCACGUUCCUCGUUGCCGCCGUGACAUUCACAUCGUCCUCAACGAGACGGCCUUUUCUAUUCCCCACUCCCUCCCCAACCGGCUGGUGUAGCCGGCAUGUCGAUGGACGACCAAAGACAGCACUUUCACGUCGUCAUCCGCGAGAGCCAGGCGGUGGAGGUUGUCGUGCCCCUGCCUUUCUUCUGUAAACCGCUCGCGGCCUCCAUUCGCCCCUACGGCGGUGGCGAGGCGGGCCUCUUGGCCUCCUACUACGACCCGGAGCAACAUGCGUGGGUGGUGCGUCAGCUGCCGUUGCACGAGUCGUGGCCACACCACCCUCCUCCGCUGCUCGUCGUGCGUGUGGUGACGUUGGUCGACCCGACCAAUCUAUACGAACUGCGCGUAGCACUGGCCAGCGUGUUGGACGGGAUCGCGAACGACGACCUGUAUGCCCUGCAACGCCGCUCGCAGCUGUACGGGCUGUUUGUCGAAGAGCACCUGGCGGAUAAGUCGGGUGCCACCUUGCAGGCCGCUGCUGUGCAGGGGCAGCUGCCUCACCUUAGCGAGGCCGUUUCCCUCGCCGCUCCUCUGGAGGUGAUGGAGGGGUUUGUGCUCACCGGCGGUGGCUUCCUCUCCGACUUCCCUGUUCUCCGUGAGGGCCCGGCGCUGCCGCGCUGCAUGGACACGGUGUACGAUGAUGUGCUGGCUGGCGACGCGUUCUGUGGGCCGCCGAUGCCGCCCGCUGCCACAGGAUUUGACAGAGAAGCAAAGGAGGACGUCGCUGGUGCGGGUGCGGCGCAGGAGUACACGGCGUGGUCGGUGACGGCGGCGGCAAACGCGGGGCUUGCGUGCUUCUCGUUGGGCCUGCGGCGCCGUAGUCCUUUGGAGUGGGCACGCGAAAAUGAGUGGCGUGACGGACCUGCGUUACGUGACAUGCAAAUAAGCCCGCUGAUGAUCGGUGAGGCGACAACAGCGUGGUCGGGGCGAGGCGGCGGCGGCUCUUUCAUCGGCUCCAAUAUAAUCGAGGAAGGGGAGCUGCUGCACGAUCCGACGGGACUCGUGGCGAGUCGAGACUCGAGCGUCGCUGGGGCGUUACCGCGCUCCACAAUUGCUGGCGGCUCGUCCGUCGGCGCCCCGCGACCGUUGUUAGAGACGCUGACCUUACGCGGUGAGGUGGAGGUGAAGCUGUCACGGAAGGAGGGCGAGGAGUGGCACAUUUCUCUCCCUCCACCACAUGGAACUUUUUCCUUUGCGAUGGGACCCAAUCGGGAGCUCAUGACGGUGGCGCGCCGGAACUUCUAUUGCGAAUAG